UCUCUAUCUAAAAUUCAACUUGUGCUAAAUAUAACCAGGCAGAAAUCUACACAAUUGUCAGCCCUAAAUCUGUUAGUUGGCAUCGAAGCUACCACGCCCGUGAUUAGAAGCUUGAUUCGAGACGUCGCAAUUGAAAACAUAUCCACUUCUCGGGAAGCUUGGCGAGAGAUGCGCAGAAGCCGAGCUGGCGAACUGCUAGAGAAGAAUCGCAACAACCAAGAUUCUUACGUUAACAAAGACCGGCGACCUCCGAAGACGUUUAACGUCGGUGACUGUGCAUUCGUCAUAAAAUAUUCGCAGUCAACCGGAAAACUCGACGCUGGGAUGCGAGGCCCGUACCAUGUUAUCAAAGUUUUACCAGGUGGCCGCUAUGAAUUAAAACUGCUAAGUGGUGCUCGUGGCAAGACCACUCAAGCGGCGGCCCAAUACAUGGUACCUUGGAAGGGUGAAUGGUGCCCUGAAAGUUGCGCAUCGUUCUUUGAGGAUGCCUGUGAUGACGAUGAGAUCGUGGAUGUCGCUAUAGCCGGGCCUUCUGCGAAUCUAAUCAGCAAUCAAGAGACAGUGUGGGUGCCCGAGGACGGCGCACCGUCAGGAGAGGCCGUGUUGGAAUAAACAUCUUAGCCGAGCGACAUCUGCGUCAAGUCAAACAAAUACACUUUUAAAAAAAAAAAAAGGGCGGGAGUUUUUGGCGGCAGACAGAUUGGAUCGCGA